GGCAGUGACUCGCUUACAUCAAACGCAGACGGCUCUCGUUGUUGAGUGAAAUCUAGGUUUUCUCAUUUUCUCUCUCCUCCUCGAUUCGUAACUGGUGAAGAAGAAGACGAAGACGCCGUAACCAUGUCUGACGAAGAACACCAGUUCGAGUCCAAGGCCGAUGCCGGUGCCUCCAAGACUUUCCCUCAGCAAGCUGGUACCAUCCGUAAGAAUGGUUACAUCGUCAUCAAGAAUCGUCCUUGCAAGGUCGUUGAAGUAUCCACUUCUAAGACCGGCAAGCACGGACAUGCCAAAUGUAACUUUGUUGGUAUUGAUAUUUUCAAUGGGAAGAAGCUUGAAGAUAUUGUUCCAUCUUCUCACAAUUGUGAUGUUCCCCAUGUCACUCGUACCGAUUAUCAGCUCCUUGACAUAACUGAGGAUGGUUUUGUCAGCCUGCUGACUGAUAGUGGUGACACUAAGGAUGACUUGAAGCUGCCAACUGAUGAAGCUCUGCUGAAGCAGAUCAAGGAUGGAUUUGCCGAGGGGAAAGACCUGAUUGUGAGUGUGCAGUGUGCCAUGGGAGAAGAACAGAUCUGUGGUCUCAAGGAUAUUGGACCCAAGUAAUUGACUGAUCUGUUCAAGUUGCCUGACGCAUUAGAGCGCGGAAUGAAAUAUAUUAAUAUUGAUAUUGUUAGCUUUACUCAGAUUCCAUGUGUUUGAGAAUAUGCUGGGAAAGACUUCAGUCAUGGAGCCUCAUGUUAGCUCCUCAUCAUAACUCUCUAUGUUUGACUUGUUAUUAUCAUCAAAUUUUUACCUUAUGUUUCCUGUUAAUGAUGUACUGGUGUGAUAUUGGGUUAGUCUAUAUGAAAUCUUUUGCAUUUUGUGAAUCAA